UCAUCCCCCACCUCUGCCCGUGUUUGUCACUAGCUCUACCUACCACUUCCCACACUCUCCAUUUCUAGGGUUUGGCGACGGCGAUUUCCCUAAGCAACCAUCCGUGGAUGAGGAGGAGGACGAGGACGAGGAGGAGGAGCAAUCCCCAAGGGUUUCUCACCCGGCCCUUGGUUUCCUAUGAUGCUAGGGUUUCCUCCGAUCCGGCGUGGAGGAAGGUGAAGAUGAAGUCCCCCUCCCAUGGCGAUCCCCGUCCCACAUCUUCAGCAAGCCCUUCGCCAUGGGCUCGGUGCGAGAAGAGCAAGGAGGAAGGCCAUGUCUUUGCGGGUUGUUGCCGUCGAAACUGCUCGAGUUUCUGCCCACCAGGUGUUUGUCGAUAUGCCCGUGUGGGCGUUGUGGACUAUGAGAAGCGUUCCUUUUGAUCCCGAAGAGGUGGUCUCUUUUGCUCAUGGGAUUGCAUUGGCCCCCUCGAAGAACUGAGCACAGGGUUCUUAGUUUUCAUCAAGAAUACGGCGAUGAUGAUUUGAUCGGCCGGAGAAGCAUGCACGCGAGAAGCUAAAUAAGGCAGUUUCAAAUUAAGUACAGGUAUUUAAAGAUGCAUUACUAUGAAUAGAAGAACAAUAUCUCUAUUGUACCCUUAUGCUUAUCAGAUUAUUACAAACCCUAGCUGUCUUAUUGUUCUUUCGACUGGCGCUUGUCGCAUACAAUCUUUCUUUUUUAGAGGAUAUGAAAGUAAUUUUGUUUUUCGUUGUUGCUAAACUUGGCAAACUGUUACAUUAAGCUUGUUGCUUCCUGGAUGUCGAAGCUUCUCCUCCGCCCAAGCUGGUUCUUCGUUUGUCCUUUGAAACAUUAACCCUUACCCUAGGUGAGAGCAUUUGUGCCGUCGACAAUGGCGUUUAGGACGUUGGAGGUGACGCUGAUCUCGGCCAAGGACCUCAAGAAGGUGAACAUUUUCACAAAAAUGGAGGUCUACGCCAUUGCCUCCAUCUCCGGCGGCGACCCUCGUGCACGCCACCGCACUGCCGUAGACCGCAACGGAGGUCGGAGCCCCACCUGGAAUGCCACCCUCUGCUUUGCCAUCCCUGCUGCUGCCCUUGACCCCCGCCUCGCCCUCCAUGUCCUCCUCCGCUCCGAGCGCAUCCUUGGCGACCGCGAUGUCGGCGAGGUCUUCGUCCCCCUCAUGGAGCUCCUCGACUCCUCCUCCACUGCUUCAGCUGAUGCCACCGAGACCAAGUUCGUGAGCUACCAGGUGCGCCGCCCCACCUCCGGCAAGCCCAAGGGCGUCCUAAACCUCUCCUACAAGGUGUCUGAUGUCACCACUCCGCCUGCCGAGGCAGCGACGGCGACGCUCGUUGGACAAUCAGAUUCGACGAAGGGCGCCGAGUCCAGCAAGCCAGUCACCGCCUACCCUGUCCCUGCCGCCGCUGCCUACUCGGCGCCGAGGGCGUACCCUACGGCAGCGGUGCCUUAUGCGGCUCCGCCGGGGUACGCAGCAUACGGAUAUGCCGUGCCGCCAGGAUACGGAUACGGCGCUCCCCCGCCGGCGGCCGGAUACGGAUACGGAUACGGCGCUGCUCCGCUACCUACGGCCGGAUAUGCAGCCAGGCCUGCCCAACCGAGGACCGGCAACUUCGGGAUGGGGCUUGGGGCAGGGCUCCUCGGCGGGGCCCUCGGCGGGCUUCUCAUCGGGGACAUGAUGGCAGACGCUGUGGCAUACGACGCAGGAUUCAAUGACGCCAUCGACUUCUAGCCAGGGAGUCAUUUUUCUCACAUGCUCAUCUCCUGGGAGAAUAGGAGAGUGAAGGGAAUAAAAAAGAGUAUUAAAAAAAAAAAAAGAAAGAAAAAAGGUAGGGAACAAAACAUUUUGUUUUGUUUCCAGUUGAUUACUUUUCAUUUUCUUUGUUCGUUCUCCAUUCCUCCUAUUUAUUCUUUUCUCUCUAUCCAAACAGGGUGUUAAUCUAAUGCUUAAUUUAUUAUUUUGUUGCGCAUCUUUUUAAGUAAUUAUUUUACUGUAAUUAAAGGUUGGGUAAAUACUCUGGCUUUGUGAUUAAUAUAUAUUUCUCCAAGAUUGACUUAUCA